GGAGAAGGGGGCCAGCCGGCUGCCGGGAAUUCAGCCUCUGAGCUGGGGGCUGUCACCGAGGAAAAGUUCUCCUUUUUGAAGACAGACUGGGGACCCCUCCACCCCACCCCUCCCAUUGCACUUCUUAAAGGGAUCACAGCACUUUUUCCUUUGACUCCAUGGAAGCCAGGUUGGGGACACUCUGUGGAAACUUCGAACCUUUCCUUCCCACUUCCUCCUCGGUUGGCAGCCUUCCUCUGGCCGACUGAGUGGGGGCCUCCCAGGCAUGGCACUGACCGCCCGACUCAGUGCUGACUUGGCUCCUAGGUUCCUGCAGCCUCGGGUGGCAUCUCGCUUCCCUCCUCCCGAGGCGCGGUGAGUCAGGGGGGCGCCCAGCCCUGAGCUGCUUGGAGAGAGUUGCUGGCACCCCCUCUCCCCAUCACCUUCUCCCCCAAAGCUGGAGAACGGUGAAGAGGUCGGGGGCUACGAUGAGAUGAGCGGGGGUCGCUUUGACUUUGAUGAUGGUGGGGCGUACUGUGGGGGCUGGGAGGGGGGCAAGGCCCACGGGCACGGCCUGUGCACGGGCCCCAAGGGCCAGGGGGAAUACUCGGGCUCCUGGAACUUUGGCUUUGAAGUGGCGGGUGUCUACACCUGGCCCAGCGGAAACACCUUCGAGGGAUACUGGAGCCAGGGCAAACGGCACGGGCUGGGCAUAGAGACCAAGGGACGCUGGCUCUACAAGGGCGAGUGGACACACGGCUUCAAGGGCCGCUACGGGACCCGGCAGAGCAGCAGCAGUGGUGCCAAGUAUGAGGGCACUUGGAACAACGGCCUGCAGGACGGCUAUGGCACCGAGACCUACGCGGAUGGAGGGACGUACCAAGGCCAGUUCACCAACGGCAUGCGCCACGGCUACGGCGUGCGCCAGAGCGUGCCCUACGGGAUGGCCGUGGUGGUGCGCUCGCCGCUGCGCACGUCGCUCUCGUCCCUGCGCAGCGAGCACAGCAACGGCACGCUGGCCCCGGACUCGCCCUCCUCGCCGGCCGCCGACGGCCCCGCGCUGCCCGGGCCGGCCAUCCCGCGCGGCGGCUUCGCGCUCAGCCUCCUGGCCAACGCCGAGGCGGUGGCGCGGGCGGCCAAGGGCGGCGGCCUGUUCCAGCGGGGCGCGCUGCUGGGGAAGCUGCGCCGCGCCGAGUCGCGCACGUCCCUGGGCAGCCAGCGCAGCCGCGUCAGCUUCCUCAAGAGCGACCUCAGCUCGGGCGCCAGCGACGCCGCGUCCACCGGCAGCCUGGGCGAGGGCGCCGACGAGGCCGCGCCCUUCGAGGCCGACAUCGACGCCACCACCACCGAGACCUACAUGGGCGAGUGGAAGAACGACAAGCGCUCGGGCUUCGGCGUGAGCGAGCGCUCCAGCGGCCUCCGCUACGAGGGCGAGUGGCUGGACAACCUGCGCCACGGCUACGGCUGCACCACGCUGCCCGACGGCCGCCGCGAGGAGGGCAAGUACCGCCACAACGUGCUGGUCAAGGGCACCAAGCGCCGUGUGCUGCCGCUCAAGAGCAGCAAGGUCCGCCAGAAGGUGGACCACAGCGUGGAGGGCGCCCAGCGCGCCGCCGCCAUCGCGCGCCAGAAGGCCGAGAUCGCCGCCUCCAGGACAAGCCACGCCAAGGCCAAAGCUGAGGCAGCAGAACAGGCUGCCCUGGCUGCCAACCAGGAGUCCAACAUUGCCCGCACUUUGGCCAGGGAGCUGGCUCCAGACUUCUACCAGCCAGGUCCGGAGUAUCAGAAGCGCCGGCUGCUCCAGGAGAUCCUGGAGAACUCGGAGAGCCUGCUGGAUUCCCCCGACCGGGGCCCCCGGGCCGCGGGCCUCCCGGAGCGGCUCCGCGAGAGCCCGGAGCUGCACGAGCGGGAGACCCCGGCGCCCGAGGGUGGCCCCCCGUCGCCGGCCGGGACGCCCCCGCAGCCCAAGCGGCCCCGUCCGGCCGCGGCGUCCAAAGACGGCCUGCUGAGCCCGGGCGCCUGGAACGGUGAACCCGGCGGCGGCGGCGGCGAGGGCAGCCGGCCGGUCACGCCGUCCGACGGCGCGGGCCGCCGCAGCCCCGCCCGGCCGGCCAGCGAACGCAUGGCCAUCGAGGCGCUGCAGGCGCCGCCCGCGCGGCCGGAGGAGCCGGAGGUGGCGCUGUACCAGGGCUACCACAGCUACGCCGUGCGCACCGCGCCGCCCGCGCCGCCGCCCUUCGAGGACGAGCCCGAGGCCCCAGCCGCCGACUCCGCGCCCCCCUCCCCGGCCGCCGCCGCCGCGCCCGGGACGGCGCCCCCGCCCCGAAGCCCCGCGCCGGCGCCAGAGAGCCCCGCCAAGCUGGAACCCAAGCCCAUCGUGCCCAAAGCCGAACCCAAGCUCAAGGCCCGCAAGACGGAGGCCCGAGGGCUGACCAAGGCUGGGGCCAAGAAGAAGGCUCGGAAGGAGGCCGCGGCGGCGGCAGAGGUCGAGGUGGAGGAGGUCCCCAACACCGUCCUCAUCUGCAUGGUGAUCCUGCUGAACAUCGGUCUGGCCAUCCUCUUCGUUCACCUCCUGACCUGACCUCAUCCCCCAGAGCCAGGAGUUCCUGCUGAGGACGCAUGGAGCCAUCUUUUGCAGUGCCAGGCAGGGCGGCUGAGGAGGACUGGACCUGGAUGCUGGGGGUCCACUCGCAUCCACACCACGAACGUUUAAGGAGGCUUCCUGUGGCCAUCUGCGCCCAGAUGCAGGCCGUGCCGAGAGGAAGAGAAAAGCUCUCUGCCCAGCAGCAGGGAAAGCCCUGAAAGAAGAGCCCUGGUCUUGAACUUCCCGAUCUGCUUCAGCCCCCAUCCCAUCCACUCCCCCGCCUCCACCCCUACCCUAGGUCACCCCCUCCCCAGGCUUUUUGUGUUUUGGGAGAAGUCACCAAAUCAGGAUGUUAAAUCCCAGUCUCCUCCUUCCUACCCUCUUUGGCUUUAUUUUAAACUUCUGAGGCCUCCCAGGAAGUGGAGGAAGUGACGAGAUUCCUGUGGUGGGUAAUGGAGGGUGAUGCUCUCAGCCCACCAGCCCUUCUUGUCUCAGUCCUGACCCCUCCCACCCUCUGUCCCUUGCUUCCAGAUGCUCAGGAUGACAAUAGAGGAAAUGGACGUCUUCUGUUUGAAUAUCCCAGAAUACAGUGCUUCCGUCUCCUCCCACCGGUCCAGUUAGCUUCCCUCUGGACCAGCAGGAGAGGGGGAGACGUGAGGGUUUGGGACCUUGGGCUGGGAAGCCGCUGAGCAGGUGGCCGGGGGUGGGGGUGUGUGGGGAGAAGGGCUGAGGGGCAGUUAGGAUGGCUCUGUUUCUGAGGGCGCCUGAGCCUGGGGCUGGCAUUACACAUGGGGGCUUCGAGGAUGCUGAGGGUGAGGAGAGGUCGCCCUGCAGGAGCUGUGGGGCCUGUGAGAUUAAGCCCUAGGGAUGCCCCAUGAACUGGUUGGUCCGCUUCCGCUCCCAGGGGCCACAGCAGGCUUGGUUGGAGGUGGGGGUGUGCUGAGCAUGCAAGCCCAGGCAGCUUUCGCUGGGGCAGACACUCAGGCUGAUGCUGAAGACAGGCUGCUUGUCAGCCAGCGUGUCCCAGGGAGAGGGGAGCAGGUGUGGGGUUCCCGCUGGGCGCCGUCUGUGAUAAGCUCCUCGGCUUGCUUGGCAGGAGCCGGUCUUUGCAUGUAGCCCCUUUCUGAUGUGCUGUGUACCAUGCUGGUUUCUCCUGUCCUUGGUGCUGGCUGGGGGUGGGUGGAGGCUAAGGGCUGUGGCCUCGGCCCUGGGGAAGGAUGGAGGGCCAGUGGCCCAGGCCCCUUUGAGCUGGGGAAGGACGUGACCAGGACAUUUAAACUGAGUUGGAGGGAGCAGCUGCUUUCCUGUCUUUGUUUCUCUGCUCCUUGGGGGCUGGGGUGGGGGUAGUCUGGCCUCCCCACCGGGGUUGCUCUUUGACCUGAAGUUUGUUUCUAACAGGGUCAGCUUUCCCUUCCUCCCUCAAUACUUGAGAACCUUCCCUCCAGCUCCACACUUACUGUUUCAAGCACCGCUGGGGCCUCGAGGUCGUUGGAUUGCAUUUCUGCGGAGAGGAGCCUGUGGGUUCUGCCGUCCUCCAGGGGCUCCACCAUCGUGUGUGGGCUUUUCUGGACAAGUAGGGCAAGAGGAGGGUGGGCUGGGGUUGCUGCUCAGGGGAGACAGGCUCCAGGCCUGGGCUCUGUGGUCACUGUCCGGGGUUUUUGGUCUGGCUCAAGGUUGGGGAUAAGCCUCUGGCUGCCAGGGCUCCUGGGUGGGGCCUUGUUUGGGGGUUGGUAUUUGGGGUGAAGGUUCAGGAGGCUGCCGUCUAUGCAAUAAUAAACUUGCAUCUGCUCACAGGC